UAUGCUGAGGAGAUGAGACGGGAAAGAGGGGGAGAAGGAGGAGGAGGAAAAUCAAUGGAAAUACAAGAGAACAACAGACAGGAAGAGAUGUGCUGGUCUAUAUCAAACGUAUAUGCUGAGGAGAUGAGACGGGAAGGAGGAGGAUAAGCAGAGAGGAGUAGGAGAAGAUAAGGAAGGAGUAGGGAGUGCAGGGAUGAGAGCGCAGGUCACGAGGGGCUGGUGGCGAGGUGGCGGACCAGGGCGCCUCAGUCACUCCCUGGCGCUCAUCGGCCACUGUCCUGUUGCUGCCUCACGCUCGCUGUCUCGCCGCAUCGCCGACGCUUCAUCGCUCGCUUGAAAACUCUCGUCCUCUCGAGACUUGACCAGCGGUGCGUGGUGAAGAGUUCCUUGCUGAACGACCGCGAUUCAUUUAGAGGAAAGAUGUUUCGUAAAGUUUUGUUCCAAGCAAACUUUUGAAAUCCGGCAAACGAUAAUUACUCACAGGGAAGCCGAAAGAGAGAAGUUGUGCAGCGCUGCAGGUGACAUUCCCCGGUACAGCAGGACAAGUGACAGGCCCUGCGCAGCACCCUGUGAACACGCUCUACAGUAACCUCACAGCUGUCCGCACCCCCUGAGGGAGCGCUGCCCCGAGGGGGCCAGGGCCAGGGUGGGGACGGUACCCCUGUGUUUGUAAUUAACUUUCGCUGUGCUGCGGCGACCAGUGUGUCACCAUGGACCCCGGCAGGAUCUUCCAGAUCAUCACCAACAGCACCCUGCUUGCAACGCGCCUCGUCUCUGGUCCGGGCGCCUCCUCCCUUGAGUUCUCGGAGCCUCGUUACUGCGCCGUCCUACCCGAAGACACCCCGCAGGCCGCCACCGUGCUCACCGUCGCCGCCACUCAUGCCAAAGGAGCCGAGGUGAGGUACAGCAUCACUGGCGGCAACAAAGACGGUCUGUUCACCAUCGACCAGCGAACAGGCACUGUCACUCUGGCCGCCGCCUUAGACUUUGAGAUCAACAACAAGCACGACCUGGUGGUGGCGGCGGAGGGCGGUGGUGAGACGACCUAUGCCAAGGUGCGGGUGAGGGUGAACGAUGUGAACGACAACGCGCCUUACUUCAUCGACCCGCAGCCCGAGGUGGUGGUCGUGGAGGAGGACGACCGCCACCUGCCCGCCACCAUUGCUACGGUAUCGGCUCAGGACAGUGACUGGCUGGACCACCACGGGCUGCUGUACACGGUGCGCGGCGAUGGGGUGGACGGCCUGGAUCCCGCUGACGCCUUCUUCACCAUUAACUCCCUUACCGGCGACCUCAUCCAGCUGAGGCCGCUGGACCGUGAUCCCCCACGCGGCAAGCCCGUGUGGCGAGUGCGUGUGCAGGUGCGGGACGGACAGGCCCUCUGGAGCCGCCAAGCGAUGCAUAGACACCUCGCCUCCCUUCCCAAGAGAGGCAACGUGAGCACACUUAAGAAAACGCGACUAAGAGGCAAGAGAGGUACGCGAUCUGAUUCCAGGGCAGCCUUUUCCCCUUCAUCUGUCGCGGGAAAAGCUCAUUCAGGUAGAACAACUUGUGGUGGGAAUGCAGCGAGGAUGAGGGUGACGAAUGGAAACAGUAUGAAGAAAGCAGCCACGCCAGAACGCGGCGCCGAGGAUUCUAUGCCCAUGAAGGAAAAAAAACCGAAGCGAGAGGAGCGACGCGGUAGCCAAAAUGAGGCCGCCCUGUCUUUAGGCAGUGAUGACAUCUCGGGGAGCGGAACGAACACAUGGACAAAAAAGAGUCAAAUAGCUCACGCUGCUAUCUCAGGAGAAAGAUGCCAGCACGCCCACCACACAGAAACCUUCAAGCUGCGGGGAAUCGUCGACUCCAAAGGAGAAACAUCGUUAGUAAUUCUAACCCGAAGGAAGACUCAGAAUGGAGGUCCUCACCGGCACACACCCGCAAUCCCAGGGUCCAUCCUCACUAUCUGGACCGUAAUGUUCCCAUGCUCCGCGUAAACCAGACGCGGAGCAAAACCCGAGGACAGGCCAGCGAGCGUUUCAAGGCAACAGGCACAGCUCAUUCCGCUCACGGCCACAAGACGGAACUUAAAGGAAACGGGAGCUCAGCAUCUUCCUUCUACCGGCGGCUUCGGGGCCUUCAGCU